CAGCAAUCAGUGCAAAGGAGAUCCAAACUCUGGAAGCCAUAAAUACUUGCAUAUUUCUUAAAUACGCCCAUUUUUCUGAAAUUUAUUUCCAACGACAAAAUGUCCGUCUCAACCCUGCGACACAUUUCUACCGAGGAGGAUUUGUCCAAGUGGGAGGAACAAGCCAAAAUUGGGACCGCUCGACCCUUCGCCUACGUCACCGACGCUCUUUUUUCCAAAAUUGCCGAGGAGGUGCCUGUGGGGACGCUCUGCUCUGACGCCGAGUUGGACAACAUGAACAACAUUCUUGGGAUGAAGGCUUACACCAAGGAGAAAACUGCAUUUCUUCCAAAAGUGGAGUGUGUCGGGUGCUCUCGCCCCCUCAACUUUUACGACGUUUUUCUCCAAGGCGUGGAUAAGCACGGGGUGGAUUUCAUGCGUCUCAUCGCCUCCGGGCCAAAGAUGAUGUUGGUCAUCCCAGAUGGCGACGAGGUGCAACAAGUUCGUUGUUCUGGGUGUGGCGUCCAUACCCCUGCACAACGAGAAUUCGUCACCGACAACGCCAUGUAUUGUCGAAAGUGCUGACAUAUGUGAAGGCUUCUUUGAUUCAUCUGUUGCAAUUUGCAGUUUAAUUUUCUCGCAUUGAUAAAUACAAUCAAAUAACUGCAAAAAAUCAAAGAAGCCGCAUAUACAAACACAUUUCUAAAAUGAUUCUGCUUACAUAUCUAUCUCGUUCCUUCUUGAAUAUUUCAAUUUUAAUUUGUUCCUACAUCAUUAAAUUAUCGAAGGCCAAUUUACUUAUUUCAUUCUGGUAAUCAAUAAAUUGCUUCAUUAAUA